GACCAAAUACAUAGUAUCAAUAAUGUCGAGUACCUUAAAGACCUAUGAUAUUGCCAUUGUUAUAGACUUUGGAACCACUGCUUCGGGUUUCAAGAUAUUGAACCUGAAUGGUCUUGAGCCUAAUCCUGAUUAUACAUAUGAUUAUGAUUCUGGGUCUGAUUCGAUUUUUUAUCACAAGUAUACACCUAAAGAUGAGAAGGAACCAUCAACGUUACAGUAUAGAAUUUUUUCAAAUAAAUAUUAUCAUGGAAGAGAGGCAGACUAUCAAUCAGUUGCGACAAGCUUCUUUGGAAAUUAUGCGAGCGAAAUUAAACUUUGGAUAGACGGUCCCGCCAAAAAAGAUCUUCCAGAAAUGCCAUACAAUACGACUCUAUUAAAACUCAUCUCUGACUAUCUAAGAGUAAUCCGUAAAGAUGCUCAUAAAUCAACACCCAAGAUGUUCCCCACAUGUACUGACAGUUCCCGAUACAGAUACUGUAUGGCAGCUCCAACUAUGUGGUCUGAAAAAUCCAAGAAUAUUAUGAGAGAAGCUGCUAUUAUAGCUGGCUUUAUCACAAAAUACGAUAAGCCAGAAAGACUAUUGAUUAUUGAUGAAGUUGUGGCAGCUGCUCUGUAUGCCGAACAUAUGUCUCCUGGAAUCAUACUGACUAAUGGUAGCCUUUAUAUGGUAUGCGAUGCUGGUGGUGGAACCGUAGAUCUUGCGACAUUUGAAAAAGACGAUUCACCGGGAAUGAACGGCUUAAAAGAAGUCACUGUAGGAGCCGGUAGUUCAUGUGGAUCCGUUUAUCUGGACUUUCGUUUUAAAGGCGUAUUACAAGGACAAGGCAAAGCGAUACACGCCCAAGACUAUAAAAUCACCGCAUUUGGAGAUUAUCUAAAGCCAUAUUUUGAUAUUACCGAUGCCAUGAAAGAAUGUCCUAUGCUUAACUCUCCAAAAACGACAUAUGAUUCGGUUGAUUUUGGUUCAAAUACCUUUGAUGGUAUACCGCUAGAUGAGAUUCGCAUAAAUGUGUUUGAUCCAGUAGUAACUCAAGUUCUAGAGAUGAUGAAGAAACAGUUUGCGCAGAUAGGAGACAGAAAUGUAGACGCCAUGUUCAUUACUGGAGGAUUCGGAAGGUCACCAUAUCUUCAAAGACGGAUCAAGGAUACUUUUGGUGACCGAAUCAAUGAGUUCAAGGUUAUUGGAAACGGACAUAUGGCUGUAAUAGAAGGAGCUGCUUUGUUUUGUGCGAGUCCACGCCCGAUUGCUCAGCGUAUCCUACGUCGUACAUAUGGUAUUAAAAUAUGCUCACCAGAUGACAGGUCUAAGAAAGACACCGAAUCUGAGAAAGACAAAUUCCAUGUGUAUAUCCGUAAAGGUGAACCAGUUAAAGAAGAUACUUGGGUUACCAAGUCAAUGAUUUGGAAACACAAUACACUUCCAAUUAUAUCUUUGUAUACAUACGAUGAUAAUGAUGAUGAUCAGAUUCCCGAGUUUCCUACUGCCAAAGAUAUUGAAUUGGUAGCCAUUUUUAACACCAGGUUUAAACUUGAUGCUAAAAAGGAUAAUCCAGAGACAAUGAUCAUGAAAAUCCGCUUUGGUCUGGACAAGAUUGAAGUCAAAGUGGAGAUUGCAGACAGAAACUUUGAAUACAUUACUGUGUGGGAUAUCAGUGGAGAAAAGAAUACUCGACUCUAUAGCGAACCAAACCCACCAUUUUCAGUCAUAAUGAAAAAGAUGUUUCUGAUUGAAUGGAUGGCAGAGUAUUUUCUUUGAAGACUUAUGGUCUAAUUAAUAUAUUCUACCUCUUUAGUCUAUC